AUGCUGAAAGGCAGCUGCGCCUGCGGGCGAAUCCGAUACGAAACUCAAGCUCAGGUCUUGGCAGUCAAUGCGUGCCAUUGCAAAACCUGCCAGCAAGUCUCGGGCGGGCCAUUCUUGGGCUUUGUAGACUUUCCAACCUCCGAGCUCAAAUGGACACGGCAGCCAGAGAUCUGGGCAAGCAGCGACAUUGCGGAACGCGGGUAUUGCAAGGUGUGCGGAUCGAGCAUGUCGAUGCGAUAUCAUUUCGAGCCCGAGCGGAUCGGACUGUGUCUGGGAACAGUACUCGAAGCUCGUCCACCUCUACCUGGACUGAGUGCGCAUAUCUUCUUGAAUGAAAAGGCAUCGUAUUUUGUUCUCCCAGAUGAUGGGGCAAGUGGAUGGGACGAGUUCAAGCCGAAGUUCCACGACAAAAUCAGGAAAUGGAAGCAAGGACGGGUGAGCAAUAUCAAGGCAAACUUGUGA